GCUUUGGGGGCCGAGGCCUGAUCGGAGGUGGGGGCGGGGAGGCAAAGUGAGGAGAGAGUCCGCUUUCCCUGUGCGCUCUUCCCCCCGCAGGGCUUGCCCGACUCGAGUGGUCAAGACGACGGGAGGUUGACGGCCAUUUUAAACGCAGUAACCGAGAUGUGCAUAGUCUUACUUUCUUGCUUGGUAGCCAGAAAAGGGGACGUGGAGAAGCAGGGAGGCCCCCCCACUGAAGCCCAGAUUCUUCACUGCGGCGGCCUCCUCACUGCCGAGAACAACAACUCGCGGGCGUCCUGUGGCCACACCCCGGCGGGCCAGGCUGGCUACGCCCACGCGGCCUCCUCCAGUCCUGCCGGUCUGGCCAAUGGAGGAGAUACGAAUGGCACGACCUGCCCGAGCUUGGCAAUCGCCAGUCGCACUGGGAUCGGACGCCUGGGAAGACUUUGUUGGAAGGGGAGGCGAGGAGAGGGUGCUGCACCCCUGCCGACCUCCCUCUUUCCCGGGACUUGUCGAACCACAGCGCAGCCAAUUGGUUCAAAGAUGUGGCAGGUUGCCGCUUCCCUGUGGGUCUAUGCGGCACUCUUCUGCCUGGUGACUGACGCUUUGGAAAUGAGGCUUGUGACGUCAUCGCUUCAGCGGACCAAUAGGAAACGCUCCCGCGGAGAGCUGUUCCUCCCCCUUCGACUUUGCUUCCUCACGCGCGUGAGCGAGCGUGCGCGCGCGGAGGGGGUGGGGGAAAUCUCGAGCACGGUGGCGCGCAUGAGCGGCGAAGCUCCUCCCCCUUGCCUAUAUAUAAAGGGCUGGCGCGGGGCUCGGCGGCGCCAUUUCGCGCUGGAGUGGAGCAGCCUCUAGAACGAGCUGGAGGAUUCUGCCUACUUACACAGAGCCUUGAAGUCGUCCGGGGCCGCCAUUACAAUCCACGUCCAUCCGCUUGGAAAUGGCCUUCGUCUCGGCCUAUGACCGGUCCCGGCGGACAGUACAGACCCUAUAGAAGCCCCCGAAGCUCCCCUUUUUCGGGCCCCGCCCAAUCCUCGGAGUCUGUCCACCCCCUCUACUCCGCCCUCAAGAGGAUUUCAAAGAUGGAGGCGGCGGCUCCCUAAACCACUUUUCGUGUUCAUCCGCCUCCAUCCGAGAUCGAAACGGGACCUCGUCUGCCCCGGUCGGUCCCAGCAGGAAGAGGGGAUCCUUGCAGACCAACAGCGGGCGGUAUUGACGACGGUGUCUGGGAUCGGGGGCCGUCCUGGGGUUUGAAGAGUCCGUCCCCCUUCGCUCGCCCGCUUCUGCUAAGACCGCCGCCAUUUUCUCGCUGUCCGCCUCCUGCGGAGCGCGCCAAGCUGCCGGGAGUUCUCCCAGAAACAGCGGAGAAGACUGCUUUCUCGCCGGCCCGGCCGGGUGGGGGUUGUCGCCUGGAGGGCCAAGGGCAACGGCCCCCGCCCCCCCUCGCUUCCCGGGUUAUGCUGGACUGGGAGGUAAGGGGAACCGAGGCCACCCGGACUUUACGCGGCUGAGGGCAGCGCCGGUUCCCCGCGGUCAAGAUGCUGCAAAACGUGACUCCCCACAGCAAGUACGUCCGUGCGAGCCGCGUAUGGGAAGGGGACGUUGGGGGGCUGCGGCACGCGGGUGUGGGACUCCGGGUUCGGAGGUAGUACGGAAUCGGCUGGGACCAAUUGCUGUUUCGUGGUGUAACUGUUGGCGCUCUGGGCUCGCGGAGGGGUUGAGCGACGGUUUGGGAACCGUGGUAGCGGUCCAGAUACCGCGUAUGGAGGGAGCACAGGUUGUCAAUUUACUCGUUAGUUUUCUUGCUGUGGCGUGAUAUUAGCCGAGUCGGGUAGGCCAAGGUUGUCGACAGAACGAUGGAAGGACGACAUUGAUUGGGCAGCAGGUCUUGCAGGUGGUGGGUCUGGUGUCUAGCGACGGAUCGUCACAGGCCUUUUUGGGGAGGGUUCGUGGUCACAUCUAGUGCCUUACAGGGUUGUCAUGGUGAUGGAGCUUCGGAGACUGACGAUGGGUAUUCCCAGAGUAGGGCAGAAGGAUCAGUUUUUGAGUCUAUAGGUUUCUAAUGUGUAGGUUAGGUCAUUAGAUUCUUGUCUUUCGGUGACUGGUACAGUUUUGUGUUGAGAGGUGUGUGCUUUGUUGUAGAGAAUUUUUAAAAAAUACCUUCGAGUGUUUCAUUCAGGGUAGAAGGGUGGAGCUAGGGAUCCUCUGGUCCAGUUCUGCGGAUGUAAACAAUGAGAUCUCCGUGUAACGUCUUACAGUCUUAGGCCCUGAGAAACACUUGGUCUUGAGCACCAGAAGGGGUGUAAACUUGCACUGUUACCUGGCCUUUGAUUUCAAGAGUUGAUGCUACAGUGGGAAUUGCUAGUUGCAUUGCAGUUUUUGGCAGGGGUGGGGGGCAGUUUAUACCACUUUGAGGUAACUUGCUGACCUUGACUAUUUGGACAGCUUUAUUUUUUGAGUCUCUUGAAGGAGACAGAAUUUGCGAAUAAUCAAUUUCUGAGGGCUGGCAGCUUCGGAUAUUCCAGGCUGCGAAGUCUGUUAAAUACUCUUUUUUUUUUUUUUUUUUUAAAUAAACUUGAGUUGGUGUGGUUUUCUGUUGUAGAUUUUUAGUUUUGUUUUUGUUUUAGAGUUAACUAUUCAGAGCUUGUGGAGAAUGCUGAUCAUUUCUGUGCAGAUGGAGUCUGAGGUGUCAGUCACAUCAGCGUUUUAUGCAAUUUUCCUAUUCUGUUUCCUUUUUUCACCUGCUUCCUUUAGGCUCAACCACCAUGGCAACCACCAAGCCCCUAGUGAGGAGGAAGCUUGGGGCUUGAGUUUCUCAGCUCCACCCUUUUUGCUUAAGCCUCAUCCCCAUAAGACUGAUUUUUCUGAUGGCUGUGCUUUAUGAGAAACUACCUUGGCUUUCUCACUUUAAAUUUACCAAACAGAUGAAAGAGCCCAUCAGACUUCAGAAUGUAGGGCCUAGGUGGGUAUAGUAAAAUAAAGAAAAGGUGGGAGGAGGUACAGGAACAAAAGCUUGAAGGAUUGUUUGGAUACUGGUUCUGGUUAAGAUCCAGUUUCAUAAUCUUGACUGCUUUUAAUUAGGUUCCAUGCAUGGAUUUAUUGAGGGUAAAUAGUGUGAAUUAGUGUAAAUUGCAUAUUCUACCGCUUUCCACAAGGUUGCUACUUUUAAUGUUGUUUUCUGUCUUCACAGGCUCCCUGGGGAGGGGAAUGCAGGGUUACUGGGGCUGGGCCCAGAGGCAGCAGCGCCUGGGAAAAGGAUUCGAAAGCCCUCUCUGUUGUAUGAGGGAUUUGAGAGCCCUACAAUGGCCUCAGUGCCGGCUUUGCAACUAACCCCUGCCAACCCACCACCUCCAGAGGUGUCGAAUCCCAAAAAGCCAGGACGGGUUACCAACCAGCUACAGUACCUACACAAGGUGGUGAUGAAGGCUUUGUGGAAGCAUCAGUUCGCGUGGCCCUUCCGGCAGCCUGUGGAUGCUGUCAAACUGGGUCUGCCGAUUCCCACCCCAGGUUGGGAGAGGACCACGGUGGCCAAAAUUCUUAGCUUCUUCCUCUCCCUCAUGCAGCCCAUGGAUAGCCAGCCCCAGAGGAUUAUCACAAAAUUAUAAAGCAGCCAAUGGAUAUGGGUACUAUUAAGAGAAGACUUGAAAACAACUAUUAUUGGGCUGCAUCAGAGUGUAUGCAAGAUUUCAAUACCAUGUUCACUAACUGUUACAUCUACAACAAGCCCACUGAUGAUAUUGUCCUGAUGGCACAAACGCUGGAAAAGAUCUUCCUACAGAAAGUGGCGUCAAUGCCACAAGAGGAACAAGAACUCGUGGUGACUAUCCCUAAGAACAGCCACAAGAAGGGGGCCAAAUUGGCAGCACUCCAGGGCAGUAUCACCAGUGCCCAUCAGGUGCCUGCAGUCUCUUCUGUGUCUCACACAACCUUGUAUACUCCACCACCCGAGAUACCUACCACUGUCCUCAACAUUCCCCACCCAUCGGUCAUCUCUUCGCCCCUUCUCAAGUCCUUGCACUCCGCUGGACCCCCGCUCCUUGCUGUCUCUGCAGCUCCCCCAGCCCAGCCCCUUGCCAAGGUAUACAUCUGUGGAUAUUUUGGGGGCAAUGAGGAGGAAAGGCUUUCAAUGAGGUGGACACAGGAUAAAAGGCUCCCAUCUUGUUUUUCUCUGCAGAAAAAAGGGGUAAAGCGAAAAGCAGAUACUACCACCCCUACACCUACAGCCAUUCUGGCUCCUGGCUCCCCAGCUAGCCCUCCCGGGGGUCUUGAGCCUAAGGCAGCACGGCUUCCCCCUAUGCGUAGAGAGAGUGGCCGUCCCAUCAAGCCCCCACGCAAAGACUUGCCUGACUCUCAGCAGCAACACCAGAGCUCCAAGAAAGGAAAGUUGUCAGAACAAUUGAAACAUUGCAAUGGCAUCUUGAAGGAGUUGCUUUCGAAGAAGCAUGCUGCUUAUGCCUGGCCUUUCUAUAAACCAGUGGACGCUUCUGCUCUUGGCCUGCAUGACUACCAUGACAUCAUUAAGCACCCCAUGGACCUCAGCACUGUCAAGCGGAAGAUGGAGAAUCGUGAUUACCGAGAUGCACAGGAGUUUGCUGCUGACGUGCGGCUUAUGUUUUCCAACUGUUAUAAGUAUAAUCCUCCAGACCACGAUGUUGUGGCCAUGGCGCGAAAGUUACAGGAUGUGUUUGAGUUCCGUUAUGCCAAGAUGCCAGAUGAACCGCUAGAACCAGGUCCUUUACCAGUCUCGACUGCCUUGCCUCCUGGCUUGGCCAAGUCGUCUUCAGAGUCCUCUAGUGAGGAAAGUAGCAGUGAGAGCUCUUCUGAGGAGGAGGAGGAGGAAGAUGAGGAGGAGGAAGAGGAGGAAGAAGAGAGUGAAAGCUCUGACUCUGAGGAAGAAAGAGCUCAUCGCUUGGCUGAACUGCAAGAACAGCUUCGAGCAGUACAUGAACAACUGGCUGCGCUGUCCCAAGGCCCAAUAUCAAAGCCCAAGCGGAAGAGGGAAAAAAAAGAGAAAAAGAAGAAACGGAAGGCAGAGAAGCAUCGAGGCCGAGCUGGGGGUGAUGAAGAUGACAAAGGGCCUCGGGCACCCCGCCCAUCUCAACCCAAGAAGUCCAAGAAAGCAAGUGGCAGUGGGGGUGGCAGUGCUGCUACAUUGGGUCCUCCUGGCUUUGGACCUUCUGGAGGAAGUGGCACCAAACUCCCCAAAAAGGCCACAAAGACAGCCCCACCUACCCUGCCUGCAGGUUAUGAUUCAGAGGAGGAGGAGGAAAGCAGGCCCAUGAGUUAUGAUGAAAAGCGGCAGCUGAGCCUAGACAUCAACAAGUUGCCUGGGGAGAAGCUAGGCCGAGUUGUACACAUAAUCCAAGCCAGGGAGCCCUCUUUACGUGACUCAAAUCCAGAAGAAAUUGAGAUUGAUUUUGAAACGCUCAAGCCAUCCACGCUUAGAGAGCUUGAACGCUAUGUCCUUUCCUGCCUACGAAAGAAACCUCGGAAGCCCUAUACUAUUAAGAAACCUGUGGGAAAGACAAAGGAGGAACUGGCUUUGGAGAAGAAGCGGGAACUAGAAAAGCGCUUACAGGAUGUUAGUGGGCAGCUCAACUCCACCAAAAAGCCCCCCAAGAAAGCGAGUGAGAAAACAGAGACAUCAUCGGCACAGCAGGUAGCAGUGUCACGCCUCAGCGCUUCCAGUUCCAGCUCAGAUUCCAGCUCCUCCUCUUCAUCUUCCUCUUCUUCAGACACCAGUGAUUCAGACUCAGGCUAAGGGGCCAGGCCAGAUGGGGCAGGAGGCUCCGCAGGACCGGACCCCUAGACCACCCUGCCCCACCCCUUCCCUCCCUUUGCUGUGACACUUCCUCAUCUCACCCCCCCUCCCCCCACUGUAGGAGAGCUGGCUCUGCAGGGGGAGGGAUGCAGGGACAAUUUCUGAAGGAGGGACAUAAAUGGACAAAAUAAGACUGAGUUCCCAGCCCCAUUGAAAGUGACCUCUUGGGCAUAGGGCUCCCAUUCGAAAUGACUGAGGUGGGGCAGGGGUACAGGGUGGGACUGGGCAAAGGCCCUGAUAAGGGGUUACCUGAGGCCGUAGCUGCCCUGUUCACUUGUGAGGGCCCUGUUUUGAGGUUGUUUUGUUCUAAUUUAUUUUAAGCUAGGUAAGGCUGAGGGGGUGGGGCCAUGGUCCCCUCGGCUUCCAUGGGGAGGGAGGAAGGGGGAACUCUUUUUUUACGUUGACUUUUUUUUUUCUACUCUUUUUCCCUUUUCCUUCUGCUCCAAUUUGGGGCUCCUGGGGGUUUAGUCAUCUCCCCAUUCAGUCCCCCUGGAUUGUCUUUUCUUUGUCUGUUGAUUCUAACUUGUAAAUAAAGAAAAUA